AUGGAGCAAGCUCUCCGUGGCUCCUGCGCCUGCGGCCGCAACCGCUAUGUUGUUGAAAUACCACCAUCAUCCGCCCAGCUCGCCGGUGUCUUCCUCGACAAUAGCAGCUCAAGCCGUCGCCACCAAGCCUCCCCCAUAACGGCCUGGCUCCGCGUCCCCAUCGACUGGUACCACAGCGCGACCUACGCCUUCUUCCCCGAUGAAACCCACCGCUCCAUCCGCCGGAGCUUCGUCUCACCUUUCUCACCCUUUGGCACACGGAGGGAGUUCUGCGGAUACUGCGGGACACAAUUGUCAUCAUGGAAUGAGCGCACAAGAGAAGAUGCGGAGUUUAUCAGCUUGACGGUGGGCUCGGUCAUGGAUGAUGAUUUGGAGAUUCUGGACAGGAUGGGGUUGUUGCCGGAGAGGGAUGAGGGGGAGGAGACGGAUGAGGCUGGGAGUGGCAGGGCGGUCGCGCCGGCCAAGAGGCAAGCGCAGUCGGCGGUGCUAGUGGCGGAGCGGAAUCGUGGUGCGCCGUGGUUCGAGGAGAUGGUACAGCAGACAAGGUUGGGAAGGAUCAAACGUCAGAAGGGCGGCCAUACGUCGAACGAUGGGAGUAUGAGAGUCGAGUGGGAGAUCGUGGAGUAUGAGGGCGAUACCGAGGACGGAACCGUUACUGGGAAGAGGAAGAUCGGCGAGAUGGAGGAUGGGAGGGAGGAUGUGGUGAUGAGGGCUGCUUGA